GGAUUCGAAAUUGAGACCUUCAUGUUAAAAGUUAGUGGUAUUAUCACUAGACCAAUUCUUUGUUCGUAAAUUCUUGACGACCUUGCUCUGUAAUCAAAUUAUAUAAUUGAAUCUACAAUAUACUUAAUAAACUUUUCAAAUUCAUAAUGUAAUAAAUUCAUCAUAAUUUGUAAUUUUUUUUAUUAUUAUGUCAACGGUUUAUCAUAGUCCAUUGGUCAGAUGAAAGUUGAAUGACAACAACUUUAUGGGUUGUGUAUUAGACUGGCCUAUAUUAACUCAUCUCCAAAAGUCUCCUUUUUCAUUAGGGAGGGUAUGGGGAAUAUCAUAUUCCAAGACUACAAUAUUGUUUUGAUACCCGGUCAGUUGGGCUCAUUUGUAAGAUGGUUUUGCCAAGGGCGGCUCAACCAAAUACUAGAGUAUGACACUUCACCAAAAAUGACAAGUAUUUAGUUAAAUCAGGAUACCAUUUGGUAUUGGAAGGUAUUUUAGCGCCAACUAGGAAGUCAUUGGCUCUGAUUAUUGAUCUACAUGUGUGGAAUUUGACGUGGGCUAUCCAGGUUCUUCCAAAACUUAGAUUCUUCAUCUGACAAUGUCUUAAAGUGGUUCUUCCAACAACAGUAGCGCUCAGAUCUUGUGAAGUUAAUUGUCUUAGACGUUGCCCAGUUUGUUGGCGAUCACGAGAAAAUAUAGAAUUUUUGUUCUUUCAUUGCCCACUUGACAAUCAAUUCUGGUACUUUGUGGGAUUAAGUGACAUAUUGGUUUCGACCCCUACAAAAAAAUUUAGUGUAUGGUGGCGUCAAGUUAUGCUAAGUAAGCAAUCCCAAAUCCUUAUUCUCAAAAUUGUAUGCCUAUUGUGGAGAAUUUGGAAAUCAAGAAAUAAAGUGGUAUUUGAAAAUAUCCACCCUCAUGUCCGUUCGCUUGCUGGCCAAUUCUCAUCCCAGGUCCAUGAAGGUCUCUCCACUUUGCCAGCUAUCCUCCACUACCCUUCCUUGUUCCCCUUCGUCUUCUACUCUAAUCUGUGAAUGCCCUCCUCAAGACUUUAUGAAGAUCAACUUUGAUGUUGUUGUCCAAGCUUCUGGUUCCUCGUCGGGUCUAGUGGUUCGUGGCUUCGAUGGGCAUGUGCUUCUCACCUUGGCAGCAUCAGGGGAUCUUUGACCAGUAUCUCACAGAACUCCUUGCAGGUAGGGAGGCGAUUUCUCUUGCAGCUUCCAGAAGGUUAUCUCGUGUCAUCUGUCAACUCAGCCUUGGUCUGGUGGAAGAUUCUACAGGAGGUCCUCUCCUGCGAGAUUGUCUUCUUAGUCUUGAAUCUUUCUCUCAUUGUAUAGAAUUUAGGACGGUUCCGCGGACUGACAACUGGGUUGCCCAUAAAGUGACAUGUAAAUUCUUGUGUUGUCUUGGUUAGAGUUAGCUUCUUUUGACUUUGUAGGCUAGAUUGUUAGUGGAAUAGAGAAGAAUUGUGGAUAGUGAUUCUUUCUAACUUUUGUCUUUAUCUUUGUCUGGAAAAAAAAAAAGAUUAAACAAUUUUAUUCCCAUAAACACUCUAGUAAUAUAAAGAAAAAUUGAAGAAUGUGGUAAAAUAUUUGAAAUGAAAAAUCAUCUGCCCAGUGGCGGACCUAAGGCAUUGCAGGGUGUGUCGUCCGACACACCCUCGCUCGAGAAUUUUACGAAGGACCUAUAUAUUUUUGGUACAAAUAUUUUUACUUCGGGAUAGCCGACACACCCUCAAUAAUUAUAGCCGACACACCUUCAUUAUAUUCAAAGAAAUUUUAUCCAAAUGAAUCAAUCUUAAUCAUAAUCCUUUUUAAUUUUGUUUAAAAUAACUCAUAAAGCAUAAUCCUAUCCUUCCUAUUAAAAAAAAUACUCUUAGCCCAUACAAUAUACACGUGUGAUGAGUGUUGGGCUUGAGCCUUUAAUUAAAUGAGAAAAGAACCCACAGGCCAAAAGCCCAGUCGGCCACUAGCCCACUACCUCCCCAUUAUUAUUCCUUCCCUCCCCAUCCCCAAUUAAUGGCCCAAUCUCCCCAAUUAAUGGCCCAAUGCCAUAUUCCUUGUCCAUAUCUCAAUUCCCAGCAACCCAUCCCCAUUAUUCCCCCUGGUUCCCUCUUCUCUCGCUCGCAAAAAACCCCAGAACCCCAGACGAACAAAAAACCCAGACAAAGGCAGAACGGGCAAGUCGGCACGGCAACCCAUCUCGGCCUCGGCGGACACCCUUCAUCGGCGGGCAGCGCGGCGGCGGCAACUCCUCGUAGCCGGUCAAGUGGGCACUUCUUGUAGCUGGCCAAAUAUAAGUAAUUUUACUGUUAUGAACCCUAAAUUGCAAAGUUUAGGGGGUUUUCUUGUUUUCCAUUUAACCCAAAUUUUAUUUGUCAAUUUGUAAUUCAUGGAUGAAUUGAAUAGAUUUGUUUAUAAGCUAAUUUAUGUUGUACUCUGUAUCCAGACAUGGAGAGAUUUUACCCAAAGGUCCCAAAGAAAGCAAAAACUACUCUACAUAUUAACAAUUUAGGAGGUGAAUCAAGUAAAAUGAAUCAUGAUGAUUCUCAAUCUUCCUCGCCAUCGAUUAAUCAAACAAGUGGCAUCUCAAGUAAGUUUUCUUCAUUUCCUGAAGAACAUGAGAUGAUGUUGAUGAGCAUUUUCAGCUAUGAAGAUAAUCAAGAACGAUCUUCGAAAUCGGUUGAGUGACCAAUUUAUGAAUGAUUGUUUAGUUGUGUAUAUUGAAAAGAUUUGCUUUGCAGCAUAAGUGAUGAAUGUAUUUUAGAGACAUUUCAGCAGAUGAAAAGUCGUCGCGGUUCGUUGUAAACAUGACAUUGUGAACUUUAUGAAUUAAUUUCUUUUAAUUUUAACUUAAUUUUUAAUUUAAUUUAAUUAUUAUUUUAUUUUAUCAGCGACACACAUCUCCGACAAUCCUGGGUCCGCCACUGCAUCUGCCUCGUAUUGAUUUCUUCGAGAUCCAUAUUUGACAACAUUAGUCGAUUUCGAGCUUCCAAUGCUUAUUUUCCUCAAUAAGAUCACGUCAACUUU